AUGGCUAAUUCAAGUCAUGUUAGGUCCGUUAGCUUUCCUUCGCGUUCACAGCCAGAGUAUCUCAGAGUUGAGAUUGAGCUAAAUAGGUUCAAAACAUGGCAAUCCUCAUCAAUUUCUUCAACAACAACCCCUCUUAGUUUAAACACCAUUCAAGAAGGUCUUGUAGGGCUAGCAGAGUUGUAUAAUUGUGUUCAAGACCUUCUUGAGUCCCCGACAAUUCAACAAGCUCUCCUCAAACGUCAAAUGGGACGAUUAGCAGAGGAAGCACUUGAGGCCUCUGAUGGAUUAAUAGACUUGUGUGGCACGACGAGGGAACUAGUCUUGAUGAUGAAAGAACAAGUGCAAGAUCUCCAAUCAACAUUGAGGAGAAAAGUAGGAGAUUCAAACACACAGAGUUCCUUCAAUGCCUAUAUUAAUUUAAGAAAGAAAGUGAAGAAGGAUAUAGCCAAGAGCCUCAAAGCACUAAAACAAGUAGAAAACAAGAUAGAAUCAUCUACUCAAGUUGAUUCAGAUCAAUCUUUAACUAAGCUAUUUGCAGUACUAAGACAAGUAUCAAUCUUGACCAUCUCAAUCCAAAGUUCCCAACUUUAUUUCUUGUCUUCGCCAGCUUCAAAGGCGAAGAAAAACGGGUGGUCAUUGAUUACAAAGAUGCUUGUAACAAAAUCAAUGGCUUAUAAAGGAGAUGAAAAGACAAUCAAUGAGGUUGAAUGCGUUGAUUUUGCUCUUUGUUCUUACCUUCACAACAAUGAUUUUAAAGUUGAUGUACCGAUGAUUAAGAGAAAAUUGCAGACAUUAAAUACUGGUCUUCAGGCUAUUGAGGCUGGCACAGAGUGCUUGUCAAGGCUAUUAAUCAGAAACAGAGUCUGCCUUCUUAACAUCCUUACUCCUUAG